AUGAGUCUGACAAACCCGCCCUCCUCCGGCUCUCUCUCUGCCCGAACCAGGGUCAGCCAGAACUUGAAACGCAGUCUGCAGGCCACUGAUGAUGCGAUUGAAUCCCGCAGACCUGGUGGAUAUACCAGCAAGGUCCGGGUUCGAGAUCGAUAUCACAUCGUAGGCUUCAUCAGCAGUGGAACUUACGGUCGAGUCUACAAGGCUCUUGGCAAAAAUGGCAAGAAAGGAGAGUUUGCCAUCAAAAAGUUCAAGCCUGACAAGGAAGGUGAGACAAUCCAGUACACGGGUCUGUCACAGUCUGCCAUUCGUGAGAUGUCACUAUGCACGGAGCUUUCGCAUGCAAAUGUCGUCCAGCUAGAAGAAAUCAUCCUCGAAGACAAAUGCAUCUUCAUGGUCUUCGAAUACACAGAGCAUGAUUUACUCCAGAUCAUCCAUCAUCACACUCAGCCUCAAAGACAUGCCAUUCCGGCACCUAUGGUCCGGUCCAUCUUGUUCCAACUGCUGAACGGGCUACUCUAUCUACACACCAACUGGGUUCUGCAUCGCGAUUUGAAACCAGCAAACAUCCUUGUCACAUCAAGCGGAGCUAUCCGAAUCGGCGAUCUAGGACUGGCUCGUCUGUUCUACAAGCCACUUAACUCACUCUUCUCCGGUGACAAAGUUGUCGUCACAAUAUGGUAUCGGGCACCAGAGCUCUUGUUAGGAAGCCGCCACUAUACUCCUGCUGUGGACAUGUGGGCAGUGGGUUGUAUCUUCGCUGAACUCCUCUCCCUACGACCAAUCUUCAAGGGCGAAGAAGCAAAAAUGGACAGCAAAAAGACAGUCCCUUUCCAGCGCAAUCAAAUGAUGAAGAUUGUCGAAAUCCUGGGCCUUCCCCGCAAAGAAUCUUGGCCAGGUCUGGUUUCCAUGCCUGAGUAUUCCCAGCUCCAGUCUCUAGUGCUCCACCGUCAACCUUCACAUUUCCACCGUGGCUCAAAUCUUGAAGGCUGGUACCAAAGCUGCCUAAAGAAUGGCGGGUACAAUGCUACCUCGAGUGCUGGCACACCGGGCUCCGAUGGAUUUGACCUCUUGUCACGGAUGCUUGAAUAUGACCCGGCAAAGCGAAUUACAGCCGAAGAGGCUCUCGAGCACCCCUACUUUGCCAAUGGACCCCCGAUCAGCGGUGACUGCUUUGCGGGUAUCGAGAGUAAAUACCCCCAUCGUCGAGUUACCCAAGAUGAUAAUGAUAUCCGCACUGGUAGUCUUCCUGGUACCAAGCGCAGCGGAUUACCGGAUGAUUCCUUGAUGAGAGCUUCAAAGCGCCUUAAGGAAUAG